AUGGAGCCAGUCCAAAUUGCUGCAGAGGUGAAGCGCUCUACUGAGGGUCAGGACAGAAAUGUUGCGCACAAAAAAUGUUCGUCAGAGCUGCCGGCUGGGCAGACUAAGAAAAAUCCAUCAGUGGUGCUGGAGGGCAAAGGGUGGCACCAACAACUGCAAGAAGGUCAGAGCAGAGACACGUGCGGUCUGAAGGAAAUGUCUGACUCAGGGAAAUCACAGCGAUUAGAAGAUCAGCACUCCCCCGCCACAAGCCAUCAAGACUAUGAGGUGUCCUUAUAUCCACCACAGGGGGGGAAGCCUUUUCCCUUCGGCAAACAGAAAGCUGUAGCUCAUGCAGCUUGCACACAGUCCCUCGGUAGCUGUGGUUCUGCCUCUCACAGGAAGUCCCCCAGUUUACCCGAGGCCCUGCAACAGUGUCCCCAUACAGGGAUGGAUCAGUUAUCAGAGACUGCGAGCAAGAUGGAACCCAAAUCACAAAAGCUCGGGAAGUAUGUUUGUGAUUACUGUGGAAGAGCAUGUGCCAAACCCAGUGUGCUGAAGAAGCACAUUCGCUCUCACACUGGUGAACGGCCCUACCCUUGCGUCCCUUGUGGAUUUUCCUUCAAAACCAAGAGCAACUUAUACAAACACAGAAAGUCCCACGCUCAUUCGGUCAAAGCUGGAACAGUGCCAUUCUCCGAACUAGGUUCUUACAAUGCCAAUGCCGACCAGGGGUCUUUCGAAGGGGAAGGAGAGGGAUACUCCGAUGCCGAGCAGAGCACGGACACGGAUGAGGACACACUCAGUGAUCCACUGCUGUUGUUGGACUCUCCCGUCGAGGCGUCAGACAGCGCUGCAGUCAAAGUGCUGAACCUCAUUGCUCAGAGAAAGGGAGUCAUGCCAGCAAUGUCAUCUCAGGAGGGUUCCUCCCUGGUCCAGGAAGUCAAUGCACCUCCAGCCACCACCGCUCAGGCCAGCCGUGCACUUCAGUCCUGCACCAUCAAACAAAGGCUGGCACUUCGGCUCUCCGAGAAGAGAAGUGGGGAUUCUGACCAAAAUCUCUCCCUCCCAAGUCAGUCCAGCAAGGGCAGCACAGACUCCGGCUACUUCUCACGCUCGGAGAGUACGGAACAACAGGCAGGCCCUCCAAACACAAAUGCCAAGUCCUAUCAGGAGAUUAUGUUUGGCAAGUGUUAUAGGCCCAGCCCCAAACAGACAAUGGCUCAUGUAGCCUGCAGCGCAGACUCUAGCGAUUACACCGGGAAACGUUCAGAGAAAGGUGUGUCCCGCGUUUUCACCCAAGAGAAAGAUAUAGUGGAAUCAAUCAAAAUCAACACAAAGACUUUUACAAGGGAAGAGACAGAUGAAACACAGCUGGACAUUGGCUUGGAUGGGGGAUCUCUUAUCAGGAGCAAUUCGAUGCCCACAUCCUCGGCAGUGUGCCUCAGUAUGCCCCCGGGCCUCAGAGGCAGCCACUCAUUUGACGAGAGAACCAGCACAGGGGGCAUGAGGAGGCUGAGGAGGCAGGCUGCAUUCGAGCUCUCACCGCAUGACGGGCACUCCGAUGCUGACAAUCACGGCAAGAUGCCUGAGAGCAGCCUCUCCCCCUCAGGUUUUGAAGUGGAAAGUUAUGCAGCUGUGGCAUCUAAUGCAAGCUACCAAAAAUAUGCCAUGGAACUGACAACACGGAAGCGUCGGAAAGAGAAGAGGGAAGAGGAGGAUUUAGGUGGUCAAUAUGACACCCACCAUGAACAGUGUGAGGAAAGGUUUGAUGCUGCUAAGGACAAAGAUUCAAAACAUGUUCACCAAGGAGGCGUGGGGAUUAUAGCAUUAGAGAAGCCACAUUCUGCAGGUCAGCAUACUCAGUUAGACAGGUGUGACAUGGAGGUAUCAGUGAGCCCUGACAUUUCUGUCCGAAAAACUUUAGGCAAUGUAAUUUCUGUUAUCCAGCACACAAACUCGUUAAACAGACCUCAUUCUGAACAAUUAGAAUCUUACAAGUAUCACACGCAGAGACUGGAAAAUAUUUCCUCAUUUCAGACCUCAGAGCCAAGUGAAACAUAUGAGAUGAAUAGAAGCGACAGUAAACUGGGCCAACCAUUUCAAAUGGGCCCCAAACUAGUACGUCAGUCCAACAUACAAGUCCCAGAAAUCAGGGUCACAGUAGAGCCUGACAGUCCAGGAAAAACCCUGGAGGUGCAGCCCAAGGAACCCGAGAAACAUGAGGAGUUUCAGUGGCCACAGAGGAGUGAAACCUUAGCCCAAUUCCCCCCGGAAAAGCUCCCCCCAAAGAAGAAAAGAUUGCGCUUAGCUGACAUUGAGCACUCUUCUGGAGAGUCCAGUUUCGAAUCGGCCUGCACCAGUCUCUCCCGCAGUCCAAGCCAAGACAGUAACUUAUCUUACAGCUCCGCAUUCUCCUUUGACAGGGAGGAGAGCUUGAAGUCAGUCUCCCCUGCCAGGCAGGAUGAAUUUGGCAAACCCCUGGAGCUGUUAGCAGUACCGGGGAGUGGGCACUCCCUUUCCAUGCUCCACCAACGCCAACAACAUGAAAUGAGACGCUCCUCGUCAGAGCAGGCGCCCUGUAACUUGCGCAAGGAGUUCCCAGAGAUACGAAGCAUGUCAUUUGACUAUGGCAGCCUCUCUCCAUCGUCCAAAGUUAGACAGGCAGACGUCAGCACAGUCCAUGCCGUUGUUAAGGAGAAGAGAAGGGCCAACUUGGUGCGGCAGGAAUCAUUGAAUAUGGACACCGAGUUAACACAGGUUCCAACACAGACACUCCCACAGUACCUCACCAACAUCCCUCCCUUCACAGCCAGCAUGGGGCUGCCGCAGACUCUGCCAAUAUUUGCCACCGGACAUUCGGGUCCCCAGCAGUCACCCCCCAGCCUGUUAGUUCCUGUUCGAAUUCAGACACAUGUGCCACCCUAUGGUAGCAUUACUUACACUACAGUUUCACAGAUUGUAGACAAUCAGUAUGAUGGUGUUGGCUCCCCCACGGUGACUUGUCAGAACCAGAUCUCCCGCCUGCCCAGGAAUCUCCACUCACCUCACAUUUUGGGUCACAUAAGGGCACUUUCUGCACACACCCUCAACGUGGAAGGGCUUGAUUUGUCCUCGGCUAAGCUAAAGACUGGUAUCCCCCUGUCUCUGACUUCCAGAACCAUCUCCACCACCAAUGCCUCCAGCGGGGGGGCUAGCAAACGGAUGCUGUCCCCUGCCAGCAGCCUGGAUCUUUUCAUCGAGGUCAAACAGCAGAAACGCGUGAAAGAAGAAAAAAUGUUUGGUCAGAUUGUGGAGGAGCUGAGCGCCGUGGAGUUGGGGAAAAGUAAUUUGUCUGAAGAGAAAGGCAACAGGGCUGAAAUGCGGGGCACCUCCACGCCUCGAGCUCAGGAUAAUUCGCAGAGAAGCAAGUUCAUCCCUCUUCAGCAAAACAUGACGGAGAACGCUGAUGAAGGGGAAUCAGCCAUGGAGAGCAGCUCUGCAGAGUGUGGCUCUCCUACAUACUCUCUCCGGUCAGCCAGCGAAGCCAAAGAUGUCGGCGCUAUGAGGAAGCUGCAACUGGACGUGGUGGCACAGCUGGUCACCGGUGCAGAUAUCCUAUUCUCAGACACCAAGCACUCAACAUACUUGUCUCCCUUUCCAAGUCUCCGUACAACAACAGGUGUGAGCUGGUGCUAUCUAAACUACACCAAGCCAAGCAGCUCUCAGACCAACACCCCAUUUUACUCCGUGUACGCCACCUGGUGUGUCAGCUCCCAAAACCCCAACCUCCCUGACCUGAGCACUGCUGCCUCCCUAGCCCUCCUGCAGUCUAAACAGAGAGGAGACAGGGUCAUCUACACUCUGGCGGCCAUUUGUCAGCCAGGCACCAGCAAACUGGUUUCCUCAUUAGGAAUAUGGAGACCCAAAAUGGAACAGCUGCAGAGGAAACUGGAGCCCAAAGAGGUGGAGCUCACCUACGGAAAGAAGAUGAAGGACGUCAGCAGCAGCCGGGUGAAAACGGCCAAGGAGGAGUGGAAGGAGAGAGAGGCGUCUGCAACUCAAACUGUGCCAACACGCAUUAAGAUCUUUGAAGGAGGGUACAAAUCCAAUGAGGACUAUGUGUACGUGCGAGGUCGCGGCCGGGGGAAGUACAUCUGUGAGGAGUGUGGGAUCCGCUGUAAGAAACCUAGCAUGCUGAAGAAACAUAUCCGGACCCACACAGACGUGAGACCGUACAUCUGCAGGGUCUGCAACUUCGCUUUUAAAACUAAAGGAAACCUGACAAAACAUAUGAAGUCAAAGGCACACAUGAAAAAGUGCCUUGAACUGGGUGUGUCGGUUACAGUGGACGACACAGAAAUACAAGAAAAUGUCGACUAUGCUCAGCAAGAUUUCAAGGCAGGCUUGGUGGGCACGACCAAACAUCAGUUCUCAGACGCUGAGGACUCCGACGGCAUGGAUGAAGAUAUCGAUGACAUCGAUGAAGAGGAGGACGAAGACGACGAGUAUGAGGGUGACUCCACUCCGAAACUGCGCUCCAGGAGCACGAGCCCCCAGCCAUGCGGGUUGACCUCCCUGUCCGUGACUGCCACAGCUGCCGCCAUUCACGGUUGUUCGCUCGUCUCUCUACCGGGCGUGGACAGCCGCCACCAGACCUCCGGCAGGCGAGCGGGUGUGGAGCAGAAGGACGGGGUUUCCGCCGAGCAAAGGGAGAGGUCCGUGGAUGAGGAUUCUCUGACCAUGGUGGCUCCAGAGCAGGGCUGCCUCCUAUUCGACCCUUACUCCUCCUGCCUCCUCUCACCAGGAUGGGAGUCUCCAAUCAGGGAGCCCUCCCCCUCACGUCUCCGCUACCCUUCCUCCAGGAGGGAGCUCUCCCCCCGAGGACGCUCCUCCCCGAGGUGGGAUGCCUCCCCGCUAAGGCCCAGCUCACCCAGCUUCAAGCCCAUCCAGCACCUCUCCCCAUCCUCCAUAGAGAGACCACUUUCCCCUGGCGUGGAGCUGGCAGCAAAGCGAGAGCCGUCGGUGAGGGGACGGCAGCGGGUUGUGCUGCGGGCGGUGUCGCCACGCCGCGGCUCACACCAACACAGAGGAACCGGAGAUAAAACCAGACAGCAAGCCAAGGUUGACCUGGCACAUCAACAAGGAUCCUUUGAAAUGGAGCUGGAUCAGCGGAGCAGCAGUUUGGUGUCCAGCCGAAGCGUCCCUACCAGCUCCCAUCAGCAGAACCUCCUCAGCCACCUCCCGCUGCACUCCCAGCAAACAGCGCAGAGCCUCAUCCCCAUGGCUCCCAUCGGCGGCAUCCAGAUGCUGCCCUCCCCCUCCUCUUCUUCCUCCAGCGUCGAUGUCGCCACCCCCUCCCCGGCACUGAGCCCCCCAUCCGGCGAGAGCCCGCAGUGCAGCAGCAGCAGCAGCGCCGACGGCUCCGUCAACAGCCUGGUGGCCCGCGACCCGACGGGCCGAUUGCAGGAGCCCGUUUCUCCUCGCCAGGUGGCCGCCAAGGGCUCCCAAAGCCCCGACCCCGCCGCCACAGACAGCCGGCAGGAGGAAAACGUCCAGACCUGCAUGAAAGCCAUCGCCUCCCUGAAGAUAACCAUCGAGGACCCCCACUAG